AUGGGGUAUGAUCUGGAGAGGUUUGUGGGCUACGUGAACGAGGGCUUACUGUGCUGUGUGUGUCGAGAUGUCCUGGAGCGCCCCCUCCAGGCCCCCUGUGAACACGCCUACUGCAGCGCCUGCAUCAGCGGCUGGCUGGUUGACCACCCCUCUUGCCCCGAGGACAGACUACCGCUGGACGUCAGCACUCUCAAACCCCUCUGCAGGUAUAUGCGUAAUGACCUGAGCCGUCUGCAGAUCCGCUGUGCGAAUGCAGAACAGGGUUGCGAGGUGGUCUGCCCCCUGGAGACCCUGCACGCGCACGAGGAUGAAUGCGAGUUUGCCUUCAUACGCUGCUCUAACACGGGCUGUCCCGUGCAGGUGGAGAGGCGCGAUUUGGAGGCCCACCUGUCGGAGUGUGAGCUCCGCGGCAGGGAAUGUCCCAACGGCUGCGGCCACGCGCUCCUCUCCGUCGAGCAGUCGCCACACAACUGCGUGGCAGAGCUGCGGACUGAAGUAGAGACGCUCAGGGCAGAAAUGCUUUGCAAGGUGGAAGAGGUGAAGCAGGAGAUGGAAUCUCGGUUGGACUCUCAGAGGAGACACAUGGUACAAAAGGUGUCUCAGCUCAAGAGCGAAGUGGAUGAGCUUAAGGGUCAGUUGUCCAGGGUGAUGUGUGACGUGCGCGCCCUGUUUGGAGCGGAGCGUCUGAGGAGGCGAGAGCUGGCAGAGGCGGAGCUCGAGAAGAGAGAACUGGAGCUCCUCAGAGACCUGCAGCUUUUCAGGAGUCAGCAGUCCUCUGAACAGCCCGCCAGGAACCGGCUUCAUCAGGGAGCCCAGCAGCUUAUCGGAUGGAAACUGCCUGGGGACCAGCUGGUAAGACGCCCGCCGUGGGAUCCACCCUUACAAGGCCCUAGUCAGCCGUCAACUCCUGCCCAGUCGGCGAAUGUGUCGGCCCCAAUUCUGUCCCCGCAGAUGGGGGAGGGGUCACGCAAGGCUUGUACCCGUAGCCUGACCCUGGACUGCGUCAAGAGGGAGCGCCGAGAGGUAACCGUCAUCUGA